AUGCCGUACAAAGACCAGCCAUUCAGGACACUUGAUCCUGCGGUGUGGAGACACAAGCUUUACCCCUUCGUCGUCACAGCUGUGGUGCCACGACCGAUUGCACUGCUCUCCACCGUCAGCAAAGAGGGCGUCAGCAAUUUGGCCCCCUACUCCUUCUUCAACAUCAUGUCCUGUGACCCGCCAUACGUGUGCAUUGGAGCCAUGACCACCAGGGGGCGGCCCGGGGAUGGAACGAAGGACUCACAGCAGAACAUCACCGAGACAGGGGAGUUUGUGGUCAAUGUUAUCAGCCACUGGAUGCUGGAAGCAGCCAACGUGACCUGCGGUGACUAUGAGCACAACGAAAGCGAGUGGGAGGCUGCAAACCUGACCCCCAUGCCCUCUGUAAAGGUGAAGCCGCCUCGAGUUGCAGAGUCAGCGGUGCAUUUGGAGUGCGUGCUGAGACACCAAUACCCCAUCAUCAACAAGGAGGGCAAGACGCAUGCCACCAUCCUGAUCGGGGAGGUCAUAAUGAUGCAUGCCAGCGAGGGGGUAAUGGGGGAAGAUGACAAGGGGAGACCCUGCAUUGAGACAGAGCAGCUAGCGCCCAUCAGCCGCCUGGGAAACCCGCGAUAUGGCCUCACAGUGGCGACCAUUGACAUGGAAAUGGCAAAGCACGAGACACUCACGUGA